AGUGUAAGACCUGGGUGUGCACAGUAAUGCAGUCACACUGGAUUUUCUGAGGAGGGGACAGGAAGACAGGACUGAAAGAGAGGGGGCCCAGGCAUUCACAAACUGGAGUAAGCAGAGACACUCAGAACUGAGUGUGGGACCAGAGAGGUGCAGCAGAGUGUGUGGAUAGCAGACUCAUCUCCUGUCCUUGCUGUCUCUCAGGGCCUCUUAUUACAGGACGUGCUGCUGUCUCUCAGGUCACUGGGGCUGUCCAAUAUGGGAGCAAACAACAUAAAGAAUGUAUCUGAUAUUCAUCCAGAAUCACAUAAGGACCCAUCGUCCUCUGCCAUGUACAAGCCACAUCUUUCUCCUACAAGGGACACUUUUUACACUCCUCUAGGAAGUCCAGAGCAAACUCCUAUUUCUGUUGACACUGGCCCUGCCCCCGAGGAUCGAUGUCCCUCCUCCAAGUGUCCUGUGUCUCUGUAUGAGCAGAAUAAAGGAGAGGAGACUUGGGGAGCCCCUUUUAGUCGAGCUAUGGAAAGGAUACAACGAGUUUCAGAGGCAUUAGGACAAAUGCACAACCAGCUUGGAGCUCUUUUAAGUCCAAGGGCGAUUACGGAGGGGCCGCGUAUAAUGGACUCUGCCAUCGGCUGGGAGGCCCGCUUGGGAGAAGUGCGAAAAGACUUGAGCACUGGAUUGAAAGAAAUGGGGCUUCUCAAGCAAAAAUAUGAGGCGCUAUCUGCAGGUGAAACAAUGAGAACAGAGCCAGAGAGCGGACAUGUCAGAUACAUUCAGACCGCUAACAGACACAAGGAAUGGCUGAGCGAGACAGACCGUACCAAAGGAGAGCUGCAAGAGAGUCACCCAAGUCAAACAAGAGCAUCCAAAUCCUCCACACAGCAACUGGAAGAGACUGCAGAGAAUGAGAUCCUGCAAGGUCGGAUUCAUCAGUUGGAAAAAGAAAAGAGAACUUUAACAGAAAAAGUCACAGAGUUAAAGGGGGAAGUACGAGAUCUGAACCUCUUGCAGUGCGAUCUGCAUACAGCAGUGUUGGUAGCUGAGCGAUUUCGAGAGGAAGCACAGGAAAAACUUGAGAAAGCCGAGAGAGAGAACCGAAGGCUCCGGGGCAAAGGAUAUGACACUGUGGAUUGGACAGACUCCUCUCCUGUGAAUGGCACCCUUCCCGGAUAUCACAGCCUCCCCCGUGGUGUCAUCUUGUCCUCCAUGAGGGAUCCUGUUAUCAAGUCCAGCAGCCUGAUGAGUGUCCCUCCAUCACAGGCGCCCCAGCAUGACACAGGUUCUGGGUCUCGCAAAGAGAGAAGAGGGAGCCUUGAGACAUUGUUGAAUGAAUCGAAGGCUACUGAGAAUCUGAUAGAGGAUUCGGGCUCAUUCUUUCGGCGCUAUGGAGGCUCAAAAAGAGGAGUGUUUCUACGCUGGGCCCAGGACCGUACGUGUGGAUACAAGCACGUGGUAAUUACAAAUUUCAGUAGCUCCUGGGCGGACGGCAUGGCUCUCUGCGCCCUCUUACACUCGUACCUUCCCCAGAGCAUCCCAUAUGCACAGCUUCGUCCCCUAGAGAAGAGGAAAAAUCUUCAGCUGGCGUUCCAGGUAGCAGAGAGUGUUGGGAUCCCACCGCUACUGACCCCAGAUCACAUGCUUCAGUCGCAGGGACCUGAUUGGCAGAAAGUUCUUCUCUACGUUGAAUCCAUUUACCAAAAGUUUGAAGCAUGAAACUGAUAUUUGAAUCUGGCCCUGUGAUUGGCUGAACCCACUCGGAUCCUGACUCUUCCUGGGAUUCUGUGAUUGGCUGAACCCACUCGGAUCCUGACUCUUCCUGGGAUUUUGACUUGUAAUUGGCUGAAUUCACUCGGAUCACAUCCAUUACUGCAUCUAUUUGGAUUCGAACACACAUUUCAUGUGAUUGGCUGAAAGUACAUGAGCUUACAACCCUGCCCUGUGAUUGGCUGGGACUGCCGGUGGAGCCAGCCUGUGCGGAUCCUGUGAUAUUUACUUGAGGCAGCAUUAUACUCCAGUUCCCCUGUGUCCGGGUUAAAGACGGUGCCCUUACAUAGUAUCCAAGAAUGGCCCAGGCUGCUGCCUUUGGUAAGCAAUCCUUGGUCUGAGGUUCACUGGACCAUAUGACAGUAUUAUUGCAUUUUCUCCACAUGGAGACAUUGGUUCUGAUAAUAAAAGGUUGUAAUACCUGUUUAUCAUACUAGUUAUCAAUUGUAACCCACCUCAACCUUGGUGAGAUCUCAUGAAUGAUAGAAAUUAUUGUAUACAAGCCUCCUGUGUCUCGUAACCCGGUAUCCUUGCAGGGAAGAAUUGGACAUUAAAGGGACACAUUUUA